AUGGCAUUUCAAGAUACCAUUACAAAAGAAACACCAAAAAUUUUUGAUGGAAUGUCACCAAAUAUAGGAUUUGGUGCUAAUAAUUUAUCAUCAGCAAUACUAAACAUCAGUCCAAAAUCUGCAUCAGAAAUAUAUGAUAUUAUGCGAAUAAAUCCUUUUGAUAUAACAUUUAAAGAAGAAAAUCAAAAAGUAAAUAGAAGUCCUGAAGAAUUAAAUAAACAAGGAUUAAUACCAAAUCCAGGUACUAAUAUUACUUAUUCACCAUCUAUAACAUUUCUUAAAACAUCUAAAAAUAAUACAACAACAUUGUCACCUGGUGUAAAUAAUGUACUUCAAUUUUUAAAAGGUACAUGCUCAGAGAAUAAUUUUUUAAAAAAUGAUAGUCCAGAUAUUUUACAAUUAGCGGCUAAGAUAAAAGAAAGUCAGGAUAGGCAAUUUUUAAUAGAAUCGACGACAGGAAAUGACUCAGCUACACUUAUACCAAAAACGGCAGAUGUAAUUGAAAGUUUCUUAGAGUAUGAAUUUAAAAGAAAUAACCAAGCAGCAAUGUUACAUAAACUAAGUAAUAAUAAUUCUGGAAUUAUUAAUGCUACACAAAAUAUAAGUAGUGCUAAAAAUUUAACUAAUUUUACAUUAAAUACUUUUAAUAAUAAUCCUGGACCAUCAAAUUCUACUGAUAAUUCUUUAACAUUCUCAUUAUCAAAUAAAAGUAGUGAAAAUAUUACACUUAAUAAUAGUAAUAGUUUUUCACAAUCAUAUAACCCAACAUUUGGAAUAAUAGAUUCAUCAACAGGACAAAAUGAUACAAAUGAGCAACUAUUAAAUCUCAGUACAAGUAAGGUCUCUCAACCGGAUAAUUUUAUUAAAAAUACUAAUUCACAAUCUUAUAUUUCAUUACCGGUUAAAAAAGAGAAUAUUGAUGGUAGUGUCCAUAAUACUUGUCAAUGGAAUCAACAAGGAGGAAUUCAAUCUAUUCAAAAACCAUCAAUACAAACACUUUGCCCUGCAUCAGAGGCUUCAUCUUUUAAUAAUAGCAUGGGUUCCUCAACUAAUUCAAAUAUAGAUUAUUAUCCUUCUUCUGUUAAUUCUGAAAAAUCUGAAAAAUCUACAGCAUCCACUUCAUCAAAUUCUAUCAAUAGUUCAUCCAAAAAACAAUCAAUUUCAGGUACAACAAAUAAUUCUCAAAACCCUCCAUCAAAUGCACCUAGAGGACGUGGCCGAAGAUCAACAACAUCAGAUUUACCACCAGAUGAAAGACGAAAUACGAUACUUGAAAGAAAUAAAGCUGCAGCUGUUCGAUAUCGUAAAAGAAAAAAAGAGGAACAUGAUGAAAUGUUAAGUAAAGUUACAAAUAUUGAAAAAGAAAAAAAUAAAUUAAUGACACAAAAUGCUCUUUUAGUUCAAGAGAAUGAAAAAUUAAAAGCACUUUUGAAUGCAAAAAAUGCACAAUGUGUAUGUCAAGCAAAAACUUUACUUCCCGUUAUGAAUAAUCAUCAACAAAUUGAUCAUAUCAUGAAUAAUUAUAUAAAUCUGGGAGGUCAAUAA